GAGUCGCGUCAAGCAUCGCGAGAUUUCAGCGCCUGUAUAAAAGCAAGAGCACCGCUCUCUCUCGUUUGCUUCGAGUUCACACAGGCUGGAGAGUAGCAGAGGUCCAACUGAAGAAAAUGGCAGCUGGCAAAGCAAAGAUUGGGCAGCUUGCUCCUGACUUCACAGCCAAAGCUGUGAUGCCAGACGGCCAGUUUAAGGACCUCAAGUUGUCAGACUACAGAGGGAAGUAUGUAGUGUUCUUCUUCUACCCACUGGACUUCACCUUUGUGUGUCCCACUGAGAUCAUUGCCUUCAGUGACGCUGCUGAGGAAUUCAAGAAGAUCGACUGUGAGGUUAUUGGUGCCUCUGUUGACUCACACUUUUGCCAUCUGGCCUGGAUAAACACCCCCCGGAAACAAGGCGGUCUGGGACAUAUGAAGAUUCCUCUUGUGGCAGACACACUCCGCUCCAUCUCCAAAGACUAUGGUGUGCUGAAAGAGGAUGAGGGCAUUGCUUACAGAGGCCUUUUCAUCAUUGACGACAAAGGCGUCCUCAGGCAGAUAACCAUCAACGACCUGCCGGUGGGCCGCUCUAUUGAUGAGACACUGCGUCUGGUCCAGGCCUUUCAGUUCACCGACAAACACGGAGAAGUUUGUCCAGCGGGAUGGAAGCCCGGAAAGGACACAAUCAAGCCCGACGUCCAGAAGAGCAAAGAUUUCUUCUCCAAACAAAACUAAACAGACGAGACUCUGCUGUAUAGUCUAGCAGGCCCCACACUGGCACUGUGCAUAGGACCUCAGUAACCUAAUUACCCCUGUUAAAGACGUGUGUAGCACUUGUAGGUGUUAUGUGAGAUCUUGAGCGGUGGAGUGGGAACAUCAAAUGAUGUCAUAGACUAUAGAAACACAUCAGUGAUGUUUUAGUGGCCUUUUUUGGAUGUUUACACUGUCACACUUCCUUUGUGUUAUAAAGCUGUACUGUAGAGUGGGGACCAAACUUUGUGUUUUUACAUUUCACAACAGUAAAUACUGUUCAGACGGUUUCUGUGACAAUUGUGGUCUGAGAUGAACUUCAGUCUUCUCCCCAUGCCCUGUAUUUCAGACAUGUUUUGUAAUAAACUCAUGUUCAGAAUUUGA